AUGGCUGCCACCAAGGCCGACGUCGAUUUUAGCAUCAAACCAGAGGCGGUAACACCUCCAAUCCCCACAUCAGAGUGGCCGCUACUAUUGAAAAAUUACGAUAAAUUGCUUGUUAGAACCGGCCAUUUUACUCCCAUUCCAGCUGGAUGUACUCCUUUAAAGCGUGACUUAAAGUCAUACGUCAGUUCUGGUGUUAUCAAUCUAGAUAAGCCAUCGAAUCCUUCGAGUCAUGAAGUUGUCGCCUGGAUGAAGAGAAUUUUACGAGUUGAGAAAACAGGUCACAGUGGAACUUUGGAUCCAAAAGUUACAGGAUGUCUGAUUGUCUGUAUCGACCGCGCAACUCGCCUUGUUAAAUCACAGCAGGGAGCUGGAAAGGAGUAUGUUUGUGUGAUUCGGUUGCAUGACAAAAUCCCGGGGGGAGAAGCCCAAUUCGCUCGCGCCUUGGAGACCCUUACUGGAGCUCUGUUCCAACGACCACCUUUGAUUUCAGCCGUCAAGCGCCAAUUGCGUAUCCGUACAAUCCAUGAGAGCAAGCUAUAUGAGUUCGAUAACGACAGACAUUUAGGUGUUUUCUGGGUUAGCUGUGAGGCGGGAACCUAUAUCAGAACACUGUGUGUGCAUUUGGGAUUGUUGCUCGGAGUUGGUGCACACAUGCAGGAACUGCGAAGAGUUCGAAGUGGUGCCAUGGAUGAGAAGGAUGGUAUGGUGACUUUACAUGAUGUCCUGGAUGCACAGUGGAUGAUGGAUAACAACCGCGAUGAAUCGUAUCUGAGACGUGUCAUCCGACCACUGGAGAGUCUGUUGACUACCUACAAGCGUGUUGUUGUCAAGGAUAGCGCUGUCAACGCCGUCUGUUAUGGUGCAAAACUAAUGAUUCCCGGAUUGCUUCGCUUUGAGUCUGGAAUUGAGGUACACGAAGAGGUUAUCUUGAUGACUACGAAAGGUGAGGCAAUUGCACUUGGAAUUGCUCAGAUGUCCACUGUCGAAAUGUCCACCUGCGAUCACGGUGUGGUUGCAAAGGUCAAACGUUGUAUAAUGGAACGUGAUCUAUAUCCACGACGAUGGGGUAUGGGUCCUGUUGCUCUUGAGAAAAAGAAGAUGAAGGCAGAUGGCAAACUUGAUAAAUUUGGUCGACCCAACGGCUCAACACCAGCAAAAUGGCAGUCAGAAUAUAAAGAUUAUAGCGCCUCUGCAGAAAAUGCUGUUCCUGCUGCCCCCCAACAACCUGCUGAUGCCACGCCUUCCAUUCCGAAGGAAGUCCCCGCUCCAGCUGCUGGGGAAGCUUCAUCUGCGAAUGAGGAGGCUGAUGAUGAUGCCAAUAAGCGGAAACGGCAUGAGGGAGAGUCGGUAGAAGAUCGCGAAGAGAGGAAACGCCGAAAGAAGGAAAAGAAAGAAGAAAAGGAGAAGCGAAAGCAGGAGAAGAAGGAGAAGAAAGAAAAAAAGGAAAAGAGAAAAUCAAAACAAGCCGAGGAGAGUGAUAGUGAGUAA